CGACGGGUUUCGGGUUUUUCGCUUACAAUCUUAAGUUCGAAGAUGGGAGGGCGAGAGGCGACGUGAGCCAAGAUUUCUUCUUUUUCCUUUUUCUUUGAAGAUGGAUCAGAUGGCGUGAAAUUUCCUUCAGCUGCCAGAAGGCGUGACACCUCCUUUUCCUUUUUAUCCAGAGAACGCUCGACUAGGAGGAGGAGCCGCCAGCAGACGUUACACUUCGGUGAGCCAAAUUCAGUUUUUCUAACCUUUUCUUUUUCAUUUCUCAGAGAAGGCUUGACUACGAGAGCGACUCUUCAAGGGACUCUUUCCUCUGUUUUAGAUCUAGCCUCUUUGUUUUGGGGACCAAACUAGACGGUAGAUUCAAUGGACGAGAGGGGGGAGGCUCCAAAAGAGGCCGUCACACCACCACGAACCUGCGGAAAGAGACGGUCGAUCCAGAUUCAGCCGGGUGAGAGACGGAUCACAAGGAGUCAGCCGGAAGCCAUGCUACUUCCUGGGCUGGUGGAAGUUAAAACUACUUAUCCUUACACGGUAGUGAAGCGGAUGGACAGAGAUUAUGGAAAAUAUCCGGUGGAGCGUUUCUGGUACAAACGUUCUGGUGCUCGUCUUUACGUUCCUCGACAUGAAGACAUACCUGUGGAAUUAAAGUUCCCAGCAUACCUCUCCGAUGAACAACGGGCUGCCGCACACAAGAAACACGAGGAGAAAAUGAAGAAUCGGAAGUAUCUUUUAAUGCCAGAUGAGGAGCGACCAUCGAUGUAUAGGAGACCGAGUUGGGAAGGAGGAGACAUCAGAGGCGAUUCCAGAGGCAAUUAACUAUGAUCUCAUCUAGAUCCGGAAGAGUUCGAUGGGCCAAGUAAGGAUUUUUCUAUUGUAUGUAUUUGUUGAUUUGAUGCAGGCAGUUAAAAGACGGUUAGAAUUUAAUUUUGCAUCUCAAGAAACAUAAUUUAUCUUUUUUGCCUUCUUGUUACCGAAAAAAUCUUCAUACACAAAUUCAAUUCCCACCCAAUGAAUAGAAUGAUCAGGAAUCUUGUACUGUUA